AUCUCACACCUCUCUGCGUCAACAAGCAACAAACGACCAGAGACAAAAUGGCGCCCAACCGUACAAAGGUCUCCAAGGCCGGCCUCGGCAAGGCCCUCAUCAACCGCAAGCACAAGGAGGCCAUUGCUCCUCAGGAGUCCCAGCUGUACACGCUCGACGACUCCAACCCCCUCGCAUCGGUCACCCACGAGCGCGACCUCGACUCUUUCCUCGCCAACGCCGCCCUCGCCGAUGCCGACUUCACGACGGAACGCUCCAAGAUGCGCAUUGUCGCCGGGCCAGGCAUGCCUGCCGCCGCUGUCAACCCGUACCUCCUGAGCGCCAACGAGGAGAAGAAGGUUGCCAGGAAGCAGUACGACAUGCGCCACGGCCUCAAGGUGCCCCGCCGUCCUGCAUGGACCCGCUCCAUGACCCGCCAGCAGCUCGAGCAGCAGGAGCGCGACUCGUUCCUCGACUGGCGCCGCGACCUCGCCCACCUCGCCGAGGACUCGUCGCUGCUGCUCACGCCGUUCGAGCGCAACAUCCAGCUGUGGCGCCAGCUCUGGCGUGUGCUCGAGCGCUCGCAUCUCGUCGUGCAGAUUGUCGACGCCCGUAACCCCUUGAACUUCCGCUCCGAGGACCUGGAGGCGUACGUCAAGGAGGUCGGCGACGACUCGACGGGCGACGACGUGACGGUUCCCGGAAAGGGCAAGAGGCGGUCACUGCUGCUCAUCAACAAGGCGGAUCUGCUCACGUACGAGCAGCGUUCCGUGUGGGCCGACUACUUUGAGGAGCACGGUAUCACCUACGCCUUCUUCUCGGCUGCCGACGCUGCUGCUUUGCAGGAGCAGGCUGAGAAGCAGCGCAGGAGGGAGGAGGGCCUGGACGACGAGGACGACGAUGAUGACGAGGACGAGGACGAUGAGCCCGCCCACGACGACGAGGAGCUCGACGAGGAGGACGACGAGGACAUUGAGGAGGAUGUGGAGGAGGAUGUGGAGGAGGAGGCCGGUGAGGUCGCCAAGCAGCUCGAGGAGACCAAGCUGGAGGACCAGGAGCCAGUGGAGAUUGAGGACAUUCGUACUCGCGUUCUCACCGUCACCGAGCUCGAGGACUUGUUCAUCAGCGCCGCUCCUCCCCUCGCCGACUUUGCGACCCCCCGUGACCCCAACCCCACCAAGCUCAUGAUCGGUUUGGUCGGCUACCCCAACGUCGGAAAGUCGUCGACUAUCAACGCCCUCAUCGGCUCCAAGAAGGUGUCCGUUUCGGCCACCCCCGGUAAGACCAAGCACUUCCAGACGCUUGUGCUCUCAGACGAGAUCACGCUCUGCGACUGCCCCGGUCUCGUGUUCCCCCAGUUCGCCAACACCCAGGCCGACAUGAUCUGUGACGGUGUGCUCCCCAUCGACCAGAUGCGCGAGUACUCUGCCCCCGUCGAGCUCGUGUGCAAGCGCAUCCCUCGUGCCAUCCUCGAGGGCACAUACGGUAUCCGUAUCGACGUCAAGGAGGUCGAGGACGGCGGAACUGGCAAGGUCGGAUGGGAGGAUCUGCUGUCCGCCUACGCCAUUGCCCGAGGCAUGACCCGUGCGUCGUUCGGUAUGCCCGACACGUCGCGUGCGUCGCGUUACGUGCUCAAGGACUAUGUCAACGCCAAGCUGCUGUACGGCCGCGCGCCGCCCGGCAUUGACGAGGAGGAGUACAUGUCGACGUCCCGCGAGCUCACGCUUGCCAAGCUCGAGGCCGAGUACGCCAACGGCCGCAAGCGUGCUCCCGAGACGCACGUUUCGAAGAAUGCCGACACGUACGUCGCUCCCGCGGCGUCUGCGGCUCGGGGCGGCGACGAGUUUGACGACGAAUUUGAGGAUGAGGAGGGCGUUGAGGGAGUCGAAGGUGCCGAGGGUGACGAGGGAGACGAGCUUUCCGUCGCUGGUACCUCGGCCGCUGCGACCGCCAACGACCCCGCAAUCAAGGCCCGUCUGCCCACUAUCCGCGCGACCAAGGCUACGGCUGCAUCGGCACCUGCUCGCACGGGCAAGGAGCGCGCAGCUGCGCUUGAGAACGCCUUCUUCACCGAGUCGGGCCCCGCGCCCCGGCCAGUGGUCAAGGGCCGCUCGCAGGGCGCCGCGGUCGAGACCGAGAACGGAGGUGUUGGCGGCGCUGGAUUCUCACGCUCCACAAUGUACCCCCACCAGCGCCGACUUGGCCCCGACGGACGACCCCUGCUCGAGCCCGUGGUCGGCACCAACCAGCGGGAUAACAGCAAAAAGCACUUCAAGGAGAAGAAGGGCAAGCAGAGGUCUGGCCGCGGCUACGACUAGGCGUAGGCGUGGGCGUUUAGACCAUGUCAUAGACAGCCACGGAUCGCCAAGGCUGAGGGAGCGUCAUGUAGACUAUCUGUAGAAUACCGAGAAGGGGCGAGGCGCGAAGUUGCGCCGAGACGAGUCCGGCCGAGGACGCCGAAAAGCGCAGCCCCGGACGAGCAUGGCCCGGGUGCCCCAGUCGACAAAUGCAUGUGUGACGCAGG